CCCAACAACUGAAUCAUGCCAUGUGCCCAGGGGAGCUGGCUUGCAAACCUCUCGGUGGUGGCUCAGCUCCUGACCUUUGGGGGCCUGUGCUAUGGCAGACACCCGCAGCCCGGCCAGGUGCGCUUCCCGGACAGGAGGCAAGAGCAUUUCGUCAAGGCCCUGCCAGAAUACCACGUGGUGGCACCCGUCCGAGUAGAUGCGCAGGGGCAUUUUCUGUCAUAUGGCUUGCACCAUGCCUUCACCAGCAGCAGGAGGAAGAGGGCCGUGGAUGGCCCAGAGGACCGGGUAUAUUACAGAAUUUCGCAUGAGGAGAAGGACCUGCUUUUCAACUUGACAGUCAAUCAGGGAUUUCUUUCCAAGAGCUACAUCGUGGAGAGAAGGCAUGGAAACCUCUCCCACGUUAAGAUGGUGGCUUCCUCCGCGCCCCCCUGCCACCUCAGGGGUACAGUCCUGCAGCAAGGCUCCAGAGUGGGGACUGCAGCCCUCAGCUCCUGCCAUGGCCUGACUGGACUUUUCCAUCUGCCACAUGGAGACUUUUUUAUUGAGCCUGUCAAAGAGCAUCCUCGGGCUGAGGGAGACCACCACCCACACAUCAUCUACAGGAGGCCGAGGAAGGAGCCAACCUGCGGGUUAAAGGACGGCCCUGGCACCCCCCAGGAGCUGGCUCUGCAGCGAGAGAGGUGGGAGAGGAACACGUCGCCCCGCCGGAGCCUCUCCCGGCGUUCCAUCAGCAAAGAGAGAUGGGUGGAGACGCUGGUGGUGGCAGACACGAAGAUGGUUGAGUAUCACGGCAGUGAGAACGUGGAGUCCUAUAUCCUCACCAUCAUGAACAUGGUCACUGGGUUGUUCCAUAACCCAAGCAUUGGCAAUGCAAUUCACAUUGUUGUGGUUCGGCUCGUCCUACUUGAGGAGGAAGAGCAAGGACUGAAAAUAGUUCACCAUGCAGAGAAGACACUGUCCAGCUUCUGUAAGUGGCAAAAGAGCAUCAAUCCCAAGAGUGACCUCAACCCCGCCCAUCACGAUGUGGCCGUCCUUCUCACCAGGAAAGACAUCUGUGCAGGAGUCAAUCGCCCCUGCGAGACCCUGGGCCUGUCCCACCUGUCGGGAAUGUGCCAACCUCACCGGAGCUGUAACAUCAAUGAAGACUCGGGCCUCCCUCUGGCGUUCACCAUUGCCCACGAGCUCGGACACAGCUUCGGCAUCCAGCACGACGGGAAGGAGAACGACUGUGAGCCCGUGGGCAGGCACCCGUACAUCAUGUCGCGCCAGCUCCAGUACAACCCCAGCCCGCUGACGUGGUCCAAGUGCAGCAAGGAGUACAUCACCCGCUUCCUGGACCGAGGCUGGGGGUUCUGUCUUGAUGACAUGCCCCAAAAGAAAGGCUUGAAGUCCAAGGUCAUUGCUCCUGGAGUGAUCUAUGAUGUUCACCACCAGUGCCAGCUGCAGUAUGGCCCCAACGCCACCUUCUGCCAGGAAGUAGAAAAUGUUUGCCAGACGCUGUGGUGCUUGGUGAAAGGCUUUUGUCGCUCUAAGCUGGACGCUGCUGCGGACGGGACAAGGUGUGGCGAGAAGAAGUGGUGCAUGGCUGGCAAGUGCAUCACAGUGGGGAAGACACCAGAGAGCAUCCCUGGAGGCUGGGGCCGCUGGUCGCCCUGGUCCCACUGCUCCAGAACAUGUGGGGCCGGAGCCCAGAGCGCGGAGAGGCUCUGCAACAACCCCGAACCAAAGUUUGGAGGCAAGUACUGCACCGGAGAAAGAAAGCGCUACCGCUUGUGCAACGUGCACCCCUGCCGCCCAGGUGCACCAACAUUCCGGCAGAUGCAGUGCAGUGAGUUUGACACAGUCCCCUACAAGAAUGAAUUCUACAACUGGUUUCCAGUUUUUAAUUCAGCACAUCCUUGUGAGCUCUACUGCCGACCUGUAGAUGGCCAGUUUUCCGAGAAAAUGCUGGAUGCUGUCAUUGAUGGCACCCCUUGCUUUGAAGGAGGCAACAGCAGAAAUGUCUGUAUUAAUGGCAUAUGUAAGAGCGUCGGCUGUGACUAUGAGAUCGAUUCCAACGCCACGGAGGAUCGCUGCGGCGUGUGCCUUGGGGACGGCUCUGCCUGCCAGACUGUGAGGAAGAUGUUUAAACAGAAAGAAGGAUCUGGUUAUGUUGACAUUGGCCUGAUUCCAAAAGGAGCAAGAGACAUACGGGUGAUGGAGGUGAAGGGAGCUGGAAACUUUCUGGCCAUCAGGAGUGAAGACCCCGAAAAAUAUUACCUCAAUGGAGGCUUUAUUAUCCAGUGGAAUGGGAACUACAAGCUCGCAGGGACAGUCUUUCAAUAUGACCGGAAAGGAGACCUGGAGAAACUGAUGGCCACAGGUCCCACCAAUGAGUCCGUGUGGAUCCAGCUUCUAUUCCAGGUGACUAACCCUGGCAUCAAGUAUGAGUACACAAUCCGGAAAGAUGGCGUUGACAACGACGUGGAGAAGCUGAUGUACUUCUGGCAGUAUGGCCACUGGACAGAGUGCAGUGUGACAUGCGGGACAGGUAUCCGCCGCCAGACUGCCCACUGCAUGAAGAAAGGCCAUGGAAUGGUGAAAGCUACGUUCUGUGACCCAGAAACACAGCCCAACGGGAGACAGAAGAAGUGCCACGAAAAGGACUGUCCCCCCAGGUGGUGGGCAGGGGAGUGGGAAGCGUGCUCGACGACAUGCGGGCCCCACGGGGAGAAGGCGCGAACAGUGCUCUGCAUUCAGACUGUGGGCUCCGAUGAGCAGGCUCUGCCGGCCAAAGACUGCCAACACCUGCUGAAGCCCAAGGCCCUCGUUUCCUGCAACAGAGACAUCUUGUGUCCAUCGGACUGGACAGUAGGCAACUGGAGUGAGUGUUCCGUGUCCUGUGGUGGUGGAGUGCGGAUUCGCAGUGUCACAUGUGCCAAGAACCACGACGAGCCCUGCGACGUGACAAGAAAGCCCAACAGCCGAGCUCUGUGUGGCCUCCAGCAAUGCCCGUCCAGCCGGAGAAUUCUGAAACCCAGCAAAGGGCCAGUGUUCAACGGGAAAAGGCCGCCCACAUCUGAGCACGACCCGUUAAAGCCCAUCCCACCAACGACGCCCAGUCCCAGGAUGCUGACCACGCCCACAGUGCCUGAGCCCGUGACCACAGGUGCUCCGGCAAUCCACAGCCCCCGUCCCACUGCAGCCUCCAAAGACCUGGAUGGGAAACGGUGGCCGAACAGUUCCACCCAGACCGCUCUGGACACCCAUGAUGUCAUUUCCACUGGAACUACUUCCCAGCCCUUCCUCACCACCUGGUCCCUGAGUAUCCAAUCAAAGGAAGAGAAUGUAUCCAAUUCAGACCCCGGUCCUACCUCAGAGGGAGACCUUUUAGCCACAACCGAGAGUGGUUUGGACUUGUCAUCUUCCAGCAGCUCCGUGACUUGGCAGGUGACUCCAUUUUACAAUACCUUGAGCAAAGAGCCAGACACAGAGGUUCCUAGUGGCUCAGGGGAAGACAGGGAACAACCUGAGAACACAGAUGGAAACAACUCUGUAACAUGGACCAAGACCAUAGCACCGGGAAAUGAUGCUUCAGGGGGAAGAAGUACAGGAAUGCCACUUGGACCUCCGCCAACGCCUUAUCUCUCGGAGGCAUCCUUGUGGCCACCUGUCAGCACAGUGACAGAAGGACUGCUACCCAGCCAGGGGCCCACUACACUCAAAAAUGGCACACCCAGGGCCGAGGGGAUGGUCACCGGAAAGCCAGUGAACACCCCUCUCCCCCUGGGGGGAGACCACCAGACAGCACCCUCAGAAAAGCCGGUAAACCACCACCCCCCAGCACUUCCAAGCAACAUGAACCUGACAGAGAGUUCUGGACCAGUCCUGACCGAGGAAGAUGCAACCAGUCUGAUCGCUGAGGGGUUUUUGCUGAAUGUCUCCAAUUACAAGCCGCUCUCGAGGGGCCACAGCUCUGCGCACUGGGUCGUUGGAAACUGGAGUGAGUGUUCCACCACGUGCGGGCUGGGGGCCUACUGGCGACGUGUGGAGUGCAGCACCCAGGUGGACGCCGACUGUGCAGCCAUUCAGAGGCCUGACCCCGCCAAGAGAUGCCACCUCCGCCCCUGCGCCGGCUGGAGAGUGGGCAACUGGAGCAAGUGCUCCAGGAACUGCAGCGGCGGCUUCCAGAUCCGGGAAGUGCAGUGUGUGGACAGCCGGGACCAGCAGAGCCUGAGGCCAUUUCACUGCCAGUUCCUGGCUGGCCUUCCUCCUCCGAUGAGCAAGCGCUGUCACCCGGAGCCCUGCGAGGACUGGCAGGUGGAGCCCUGGAGCCAGUGUUCCAGGUCCUGUGGAGGCGGAGUGCAGAGGAGGGCAGUGGCUUGUCCGAGCGGCCUCUGUGAUGAGGCAAAGAGGCCCGUGUCCACUGCACCCUGCCACGGGCCCCCCUGCUGUCACUGGGCCACGGGGAACUGGAACCUGUGCACUGCUUCCUGUGGAGGUGGCUUUCAGAAGAGGACUGUCCGCUGUGUUUCCUCAGAGGACAAUAAAACCGAUGAUCAAGGCCAAUGCCUGUGCGAUCAUGAACCCAGACCUCCCGAACUCCGAAAAUGCAAUCGGCAGGCCUGCAGGAAGAGAGCUGACGUGAUUUGCACCAAAGACAACUUAUCAGCCAGGUUCUGCCAGACACUGAAAACCAUGCAGAAAUGCUCUGUGCCCACCGUGCGGGCUCAGUGCUGCCUCUCAUGUUCCCAGACACACGUCAUCCACACCCAAAGGCCAAGAAAGCCACAGUCGCUCAAGAACCCCAAUGCAUACUGA